AUUCCGGAUCGGCUAAUCAGAGAAGUGUGUGAUGACCUCUGCUUUCUGAAAGCCCCUUGUUUUUUUUUAUAUUAAUUAAACAAAAGAAAAAAGAAAAGAAUACCCUAGUAAUUUAAAGGUGGCGAGUGCGCUGCAAUUAGAGUGAGCCACCUCUUCUAUAAAGUAUCGAAGUGAGUAGUCUAAUUUAGAAGAUUUGUCUGCCUCAUCUGAGUUAAUCGACAUCAAUAAAAAUCGGAAUUAAUUGAGAGAAUGGGAAGUUCAGAGUUAUCAUUCAAAUUGGCAGAUCACCCUAAGCUGCCAAAGGAUAAGAUAUUGGCUUUGAUUGUGCUCGAUGGUUGGGGCGAAGCUAAUCCUGAUAAGUACAACUGUAUCCAUGUUGCUGAGACUCCCACCAUGGAUUCCCUCAAGCAGGGUGCCCCUGAGAAGUGGAGGUUGAUUAGGGCUCAUGGUACCGCUGUUGGACUUCCAUCAGAAGAUGAUAUGGGCAACAGUGAAGUUGGACACAACGCUUUGGGUGCCGGCCGUAUUUAUGCUCAAGGGGCCAAGCUUGUUGACAAAGCUCUUGCCUCUGGGAAAAUUUUUGAGGAUGAAGGUUUUAACUACAUCAAGGAGUGUUUUCAAACUAAUACAGUUCACUUCAUUGGUUUGCUAAGUGAUGGAGGUGUUCAUUCUCGUCUUGAUCAGCUACAGUUGUUAUUGAAAGGGACCGUUGAACGUGGUGCCAAGAGAAUCCGUGUUCAUAUUCUUACUGAUGGCCGUGAUGUUUUAGAUGGUUCAAGUAUAGGCUUUGUAGAAACUCUUGAGAAUGAUCUUUCACAGUUACGCGAGAAAGGUAUCGAUGCCCAGGUUGCAUCUGGUGGUGGUCGCAUGUAUGUUACUAUGGAUCGCUAUGAGAAUGAUUGGGAGGUUGUGAAGCGAGGAUGGGAUGCUCAAGUGCUUGGUGAAGCUCCAUACAAGUUCAGGAAUGCAGUUGAGGCUGUCAAGAAAUUGAGGGAGGAGACUAAGGCUAACGACCAGUAUUUACCACCUUUUGUUAUUGUGGAUGAGAAUGGAAAGGCUGUUGGUCCGAUAGUAGAUGGAGAUGCUGUUGUCACAUUUAAUUUCCGGGCUGAUCGCAUGACUAUGCUUGCGAAGGCGCUUGAAUAUGAAAAAUUUGAUCACUUUGACAGAGUUCGCCAUCCUAAAAUCCGUUAUGCUGGUAUGCUUCAAUAUGAUGGAGAGUUGAAGCUUCCCAGUCAUUACCUUGUUUCUCCUCCGGAAAUUGAGAGAACUUCUGGGGAGUAUUUAGUUCACAAUGGUGUGCGAACAUUUGCUUGCAGUGAAACAGUCAAGUUUGGACAUGUUACCUUUUUCUGGAACGGGAAUCGCUCAGGUUACUUUAACUCUGAAUUGGAGGAGUAUGUUGAAAUUCCUAGUGAUAGUGGCAUUAGUUUUAAUGAACAGCCUCUAAUGAAGGCUUUGGAGAUUGGUGAAAGGGCAAGGGAUGCCAUUCUGAGCCGCAAAUUCCAUCAGAUCCGUGUCAACAUACCCAAUGGUGAUAUGGUUGGCCAUACUGGUGAUGUAGAAGCCACAGUUGUUGCUUGCAAGGCUGCUGAUAAAGCUGUCAAGAUGAUAUUUGAUGCCAUCGAGCAAGUUGGUGGAAUAUAUGUUGUUACUGCUGAUCAUGGAAACGCUGAAGACAUGGUAAAGAGGGACAAGAAAGGGCAGCCUCAACUUGACAAGGACGGAAAAGUUCAGAUUCUUACAUCUCACACGUUACAACCGGUGCCAAUUGCAAUUGGUGGUCCUGGCCUUGCUCCUGGUGUUAGAUUCCGCAAUGAUGUACCUGAUGGUGGUCUUGCCAAUGUUGCAGCCACGGUGAUCAACCUACAUGGAUAUGAGGCUCCUAGUGACUAUGAGCCAACCCUUAUUGAGGUUGCAGACAACUAGGCUAGGGACUAAAGAUCAGUAAAAACCCUUCAUAUCGUGUAAUAAAAAAAAUUAUCUGGAGGAAAGAUCCUGGCAAAACAGUUUUGAAUUUUGAUUAUCUUUAUUUGUUUUACAAGAUUCAAAUCAGCAUGGUGGUUCAUUACUUCAGUUCAUUGAGUCUACUGGUUAUAUUUUUCCCUGUUUUUUAUUGUUA